AUGGAACCGAGCAACGGAAAGGAAGCAGAAAGGGCAAUGAAGGAAGAGAAAAGCAAUACCCAUCAAGAAGCAGAAACUGCUUCAAAUUCAAAAGUGGGUAGUAUGAGCAAUAAAGAAUUGUACUUUAGAGCAGAUAAAAUAGAUUUCAAGAGCUGGGAUAUUCAGCUAGAGAAGCAUUUGAGCCGUGCUUGGUCAAGGGAUAGGGAUGUGCAAUCAACAAGAAAGGAAGAGUGGGAGAUUGAUUUGGGAAAAUUGGAUAUAAGGCAUGUUAUUGCUCAUGGGACUUAUGGGACUGUGUAUAGAGGCAAUUAUGAUGGCCAAGAUGUUGCUGGUAACGCAGUUUUAUUUAUAUUUCUCCUUGCUUUGGCAGAGAGGCUUCAAGAUCAUGCAGAAGCAUCACGGCUCAGUGUGAAGGUAUUGGACUGGGGGGAGGAUGGCAUUGCCACUGCUGCUGAAACUGCUGCUCUCCGGGUAUCAUUCAAGCAAGAGGUUGCUGUUUGGCACAAGCUUGACCAUCCUAAUGUUACUAAGUUUGUUGGAGCUUCAAUGGGGACUUCCAAUCUUAAGAUCCCUCCCAAAAGUUCUUCAAGCGAGAGUGUCAAUUCUCCUCCUUCCAGGGCAUGUUGUGUUGUUGUUGAGUACCUUCCAGGUGGGACGCUAAAGAAAUUUUUAAUCAGAAAUAGGAGAAAGAAACUUGCCUUUAAGAUUGUGAUUCAACUUGCUUUGGACUUAUCUAGGGGUUUGAGCUACCUUCACUCUGAAAAGAUUGUACAUCGUGAUGUUAAGACAGAAAAUAUGUUGUUAGAUGCUACUAGAACUUUGAAAAUUGCUGAUUUUGGUGUUGCUCGAGUUGAGGCUCAGAACCCGAGGGACAUGACUGGGGAAACUGGUACUCUUGGAUACAUGGCCCCUGAGGUCCUGGAUGGCAAACCUUACAACAGAAAAUGCGAUGUAUACAGCUUUGGUAUAUGCUUGUGGGAAAUCUAUUGCUGUGACAUGCCUUAUCCUGAUCUUAGUUUUGCGGAAGUUUCAUCUGCAGUUGUUCGACAGCAUUUGAGGCCAGAAAUUCCUAGAUGUUGCCCAAGUUCAUUGGCAAGUGUAAUGCGAAAAUGUUGGGAUGCAAAUCCAGAGAAGCGCCCUGAGAUGGACGGGGUAGUUAGGCUACUUGAAGCAAUAGAUACAAGCAAGGGGGGUGGCAUGUUACCUGAAGAUCAAUCAACUGGCUGUUUGUGUUUCGCCCCAGCUCGUGGUCCAUAA